UUGGUAAUUAUUUUUCAGCUUCUUCAAAAGAACCCGACGUAUCGUCUCGGUUGUGACGACUCUGGUGCACAAGGAGUGAAACGUCAUGCAUGGUUUCAGAAUACCAACUGGGCUCGUCUGGAAGCCGGUUUAGAAGAGCCACCGUUUCUACCCGACCCACAUGCUGUUUACGCGAAAGAUGUGCUGGACAUUGAACAGUUCUCCACUGUAAAAGGCGUUACGCUAGACUUGCAAGAUGUGGAAUUUUACAAACGCUUUUGUUCAGGUGCUGUGAGCAUUCCUUGGCAAAAUGAGAUCAUCGAAACGGAAUGCUACGAUGAAUUGAAUGUAUUCUACGAUCCAGAAGGCAAUUUGGUUCAGAACCUGGACCGAACACAGCCACAUCCGCUAGCACCAUCUCCGCGUGGUGGGUUGUUUGGAAAAUUGUUCCAGUCCCGAUCAAGCAAGGCAAACACAACAAGCAAGUCAAAUCCCACUCUAGAUACGGAACGCUCAAAAGUCCUGUCCACGGAACCGUCCACAUCGAAGCCGAAUCGUCCGCGCAGUGACAGUGAUACUAUGGAUGGGGACAAAAUGAAUAAUAAUACAAAUAACAAGAAACACAGCUCUACACCGCCUGUGGAGCAGGGGAUACUGCGAUUAGAUUCGGGUCCAGAGAAACCAGUGCCUGGGUCACCAGUGGGCAAUCCUACUGGGGAUGAUCAUAGUCCGACUAAGAUAAUGAAACCAUGCAAUUCUGCCACGGAUCGUCCCGUGAAAAAUCGUCUACUCGUAUGUUGUACACAUGGACGAUGUUCUUAG